AGUUAAAAAGAAAAGAGCUGACAUCAGGGCACGGAAACCGAAACUGCUUUUUUUCUCUUGCUAGGCAUCAAGAGAGACUAAAAGCUACGCACUAAACAUGGACUCUCAGUCUCAGGAGAAAAUUGUUUCCAAUGUGGAGACAUGGGAGCAGACAUUUCAAGAACUGAUGCAGGAGGUGAAACCCAGGGCCAAAUGGACCCUGAAGUUGGAUAAGAAUAUUCGGCCAGACUGUGUGGCCCAAGGGUGGAAGCAAUACCAGCAGAGAGCAUUUGGCAGGUUCCGGUGUUCCUCAUGCAAGCGAUUUUGGGCUUCCGCCCAAGUGCAAAUACUAUGUCACAUGUACCUGGAAACCCGGAAGUCUCAGGGCCAGGUGCUUAUGCGACUCUUUGCCCAGAGGUGCCGGAGGUGUAUCCAGUCUCAAUUUGAGAAGCCUGAGUUCUCCCCAGAGAGUACCAUGAGGAUUUUGAAGAACCUGGUGCGGCGUAUUCAGGAGAGAUACUACGGAGACGGCAUCAGGAAGUUUUCUGAGAUGCCGGUGGUCCCGGAGGUGCCUUUGGACGGGUCUCAUGACACAGCCAAUUGUGAGGCAUGCACUCUGGGCUUCUGUGUAUGGGGCUUCCAAAACUGCAUAACAAACCCACCUGAAUCCCCUCUCUCCUAUAGGGAGAUUGGGAGCUCCUCACCUCACACAGGUGACAUGAGCAGCCAAAACCAAGCUGGGAACCAGUCAGGUAAGGCAAGGGAGGCUCAGGGGAGUGGGUAUUCCUGUGUCCCUAAGAAGUCAACACCCAGCCAUGCCACUGCUGGAACCCAAGUGCCUGGGGCAGGUCCUCAGCCCAAACAGGAGACAGGCCGACAACCCACACCAGGGGCAAACCAGCAGGCUAAACGGGGAACAGGGCUGCAGCCCAUCCAAGUAGAAGGAUCACUUCCUUUAGGGCGGACAGACCCACAGCCCACACGAGCAGUAGUCCCAUUACCUUCAGGGCAGGCAGAUUCACAAUCCACCCCAGGAGGAGGACCGCAAGCCCCCCGGAGGGCAUACUCUCAGGUUCUAAGGUGUUCAGGCCAACAGAUAACACAGAAAGCAUGCUCACAAGCCACACAAGGAGUAGGUCUUCAGGCCACAAGAAGGACAGACCUACAGCCCACACAGAAGGAAGAUCCCAUAGUGACACGUAGGUCUAGGACCCUCAAUGAAACUCAAGAUGCCCAGAGAAGGCAGGAGAAGUAUUCAGACAGAAGACCUGCUCCAGACACAUUGGACUAG